CCACAAUACUAGAGGUUUGUUUACAAAGAGACACCACUUCACUCAGCAGCGAAUAAAUAAAGCGCUGAAGCUCACCUACGCCAACUUUCAGCUUUUAUAUACAUACUUGUAUGUAUAUACAUAUGUAAGCAUGCACUUAGUUAUUGCUGAAGACUUGGCUUAGAGCAAACUGAAGUUUUAUCUAAUUUAACGAGAAUUCGAAGCACGCAAUUCUGCACGAAGCAAAUGGACGAUGCAUAUGGCAGAUUUAGAGAUCAGAAUAAUGGUGAAUGCCGCUUGUGUUUGCCAAGAGAAAGGCGUCGAUUACUGUGCCAAGUGCAAGGAACCCACAUUCGUGCGGCCUAAACCACGUCAUGGCUGUCUCAAUCCAGAGUUGGACCUCACACCCAUCGGCAACAGCUGUUCCUGCGACAAGCUAUUCGUUGAACCGGCUGCAUUGCCCAAGCCAUGCAGUAAUAAAAAGCCAGCACCGAAAAAUUCAGUAUGUAAAUGCUCAGCGCAGUCGCCAAGUGCUAGUUAUUAUCCACCAACACCAACAGUUUAUGAAACACCAAAAACAGGUGACUAUUAUAAGCCAGCACCACUGCCAUCAACACCAUCAUUAUCCUACAAGUCGUCAUCAUGCGGUUGCUCGUCGGCGUCGACAAUUCCCGCAUAUCCUUUACCUGAUGCAACUUAUGCGCAACCACAAGACAGCACAGUACCUGCCGAUCCGAUAAGCAUAAAUCUGGCUUUGCAGGCUAAUAAAGCGAUAGCAGUGCCAGAAGCCAAGCUGGCCUAUGGUUUUGCGAAGAAACCGAUUGAUAGUAUGAAGAAAAUCACCUUCUCCAAUGUACCAGAGGAAAAUCUCUUCAAACUGAAGAAUAAUGUUAUUACAUUCAAAAAACCAAAGCUUACACCAGCACCACUGUCGGAAGAGGAAGAAGUCGACGAAGAAGAAUUAGUGGAAACAGCAGAUACUCCUGCACAACUUACGUACCAGCAAUUGGGUUAUGUGCCGGAACAUUUUAAGAAUCCGAAAUUUCGUAAAGUCAGUACAGUUUAUAGUGACGAUUAUUAUUCACAUGAAGCCGGUUACCCGUUACCGUAUAAAGUGAAGGUGGAUUGUGGUUUUAAACCCGGACGCAUGGCGGCGUACUUCAAACAAAAACCACAAAAUGAGCCGGCGGCUUAUUACUAGUGGUUAUCAAAUCGCAAGGCUAAGAACUUGCUAUUUUAUUUUCUUUAAAUGUGUAGUAGUUGCAUGUAUAUUUUUCAUAAAACCCCUCCGUUAGACUAAGUUCG